GCUGACUGUUAAAUGUCCAGGUUGCAUAACAAGAGCGUGUGAAGUUACUAUUGUAACGCGGUAACCUUUUGUUCCUCUUAUUCCGGGAAGAGCUGGGACAUUAUAAAGAAUAUAGGCUAACAAACUUGUCAUUUAUUAUUUCGGGCAUGUUCGUCAGCAACAACUGGCUCUCUGAGAGACAGAAUGCAAGACGAGAAUGAAUUAGAGCCAAACUCUGGAAACUGGUCCUGGUGGCCAUCUUGGCGGCCGACAUCUAUGUCCUUGCUGAAGAGUGCAGAGGCUAAAAUUCUUUCCUGUAUUAAGAAUGAAUUGUGGUCCCGAUUUGUCACGUUGCCGAAUCAAAACAGAAUAUGGACCCUGAUAGUGAGCAGCAAGGCAGCACGCAAAACAUCAGACAAAGCUUCUCAGAUCCCCCUUGUGAUGGUCCAUGGCUUUGGAGGGGGCGUCGGUCUCUGGGUCCGAAACAUGGAUGCUCUAAGUCGCUCCCGUCCCGUCUACGCGUUCGACCUGCUUGGUUUCGGGCGCAGCUCUCGCCCUGCCUUCCAAAACGAUGCCACGUUAGCCGAGGAGCAGUUCGUCAGCUCCAUAGAACAAUGGAGGGAGAGCCUGGGGUUGGAGCGCAUGAUCCUAUUGGGCCACAGCCUAGGAGGUUACCUCGCAACGUCGUAUUCCAUCCAGUAUCCUGAGAGAGUCAGUCACCUCAUCCUAGUGGAUCCAUGGGGCUUCCCAGAGAAACCACAGCCUCAACAAGACGGCUCAUCAGGUCAGCUCUCGGAGGUCAAGAGACCGGGGCCCCCUCGCUGGGUCAGAGCAGCCGCAUCUGUCUUGAGUUUUUUCAACCCUCUGGCCAUCGUCAGAUUAGCAGGGCCAUGGGGGCCAGGGUUGGUGAACAGAUUGCGGCCUGAUUUCAGAAGCAAGUUUGAGGAUCUUUUUGACGAUAACACUAUUACUGAGUAUCUCUAUCACUGCAACGCACAAACACCCAGUGGUGAGGUGGGCUUCAGAGCCAUGUCCGGGUCUCUUGGUUGGGCAAAGAAGCCAAUGAUACAACGAGUGAACUUGCUGCCAUCCUCGAUGCCCAUCACCAUGGUGUACGGCGCACGCUCCUGGGUGGACAGUUCCACCGGCAGCCACGUUACCCAAAUCAGAGGCCAGAGCCCCACACAGGUGGUGUUGAUUGAUGACGCCUCUCAUCACGUAUAUGCAGACCAGCCUGAUGAGUUCAACCAAGUGGUGGAGAACAUCUGCAGAACUGUUGUCUGAAUGUUAGCACAAUGGAAUGAUGGACAGUUUGUGUGUGUGUGUGUGUGUGUGUGUGUGUGUGUGUGUAUAUAUAUAUUUUGUGUCCAUCCAGAUGAGGUUUCAUAAUCUCAAGCUUUAAUUCGCUCAAUGUUUGGGAGACCUUAAUUUUUUUUUUUUUUUUUUUUACUUACACACUAGUUUUCACAUCUUCUACCCUUUUAAUUAUUUUGAAUGUAGCGGACUGCACAGUGUUUAGAGCUUUCUAUCGACGUAAUGUCCUGUCCAAGGUAACGGUACAGUUAGUUCAUAAUUUAAUGUUUUGCAAAUCCAUGGUCAAUUUCAUAAAUCAUAAGGCCAGUCCUUACAUUACAGCUAUGAGUCCUAAUUUAAGCUUUAACAGCUUUUAUGUUGUGAUUAUAAAUCAGGACGCUGCCAAACAUGCUGACAAUGUUUGACGUAAACAUCUCACUAUUGCAACAUUAUGCACAGGCAUACAACCCCAAACAUGUUAUAUUGUCUUGUGUGCACUUGUUCUAUGACUUUUUUUAUUUAUUUUUUUUAUUGUUAUUGACACAUUCAAACUUUCUGCUUAAUUUUGAAAGGCCAAAUCUGCAUAUAGUAAAAAACAGUAGGGUGUUCUGUUUUUAGCCCCGCCUACUCCCCACUUUGUUCAUCAAAAUACUCGAGUUGUAAUCCAUAUAUUUGGCAGCGUAAGCAGUGCUACACAAACGUAGGUUUAUCACUGUAUAAUUAUAUUAGAUAGCUUUACAGUAAAGAUAACGACAAUCCUAGGUGCGGAUUUACAACUCUUAACUACGGAUUUGCAGUUCAUAAAAUCAUAGCGUCGUCGUUGUGUCUACGAUUACGUUUAACAUUCAAAUAGUUCCAGAAAUUUCUUUCUCACUGGAUUAUAGUGAUUGUGCCAUGUUUGUCUGCCGUGUGCCAUUCUCAUUAGAAGGCUAUUAAACUGCUAAAUGCGAUAUUUAUAAAACA